AUGCUACGAUCGAAGUCUCUCUUCGCCAUCUCGCUAGCCCUGAGCUCUCUCUUCAGUAGAGCUCACGCAGCAAUUGUCAUCGGCUACGCAACACUAACCGAGGAAGAGGGUCAGCGCCUGUCUGAGAACAAAGGCUUAGAGAUAGAUGAAGACGAAAACUACAACCAAUUAGGAGCUGGCCUGUACACGAUGAACAACCCGGGGAAUCUGAUGGGUGGAGAAGGGAUGUGGUACUGUGCCAUCGAAGCGAACGAGGAGAAGCUUCGAGGCAUAAGCAAAGUAUACGUUCCGAGAUCGUACGAGAGAACAAGGAGUUUCCAUAGGGGGCCCGAGAAGGUGGACCUGUGGGGCGCGGAAGACGAUGUCAUCGUGGACUUCAUCGAGGAAACGUACUUGGUACAGGAUCCGGCGAAGGCGCUGCGCUUCUCGUGGAAUCACGCUUCCCCUUGGCAUCUGCUGAUGGUUGUUCCGAUAGAGGCGGCGAAUGACGACUCUUUGGAUAUACAGGCCAGAUGCUUCAAAUCGAAAGUGGGGCUGAUCGAGGCGACGAACGAGUCGAUUAAUUGGGAACAUUGGGGGAUUAAAGGAACUCGUGGAGCGCCGGGCUUUGCCCCUUUGCCGUAA